AUGUCUUCAGCAGAGAUCUUUCCUGGCGAGGGGCUUAGCAACUUUAUUGCUUUGGGAGAGCUGUUGUAUAACAGUAUCAAAACACUCAAAGAGAUGGGCCAGCCUCUCCAAAUUGCAUACUCUGCCAAAAAGUAUUUGGAAACACCAAUCUUGGUAUCAUUACCCAAUUUGGGGGUGCGACUCAUGUUUAGCUCGACUGGCCACCAAAAAUUGCUCCUAGUUGAGAUUUUGAAUUUCGAAUUCUUGAAACUCAAAUACAAGGGUAGUUAUUUGAAUGACAUCAUUUUUGCAGAACCCUCAGAUGACGAGUUGGCCAGAUUAGACAGCAGCGAGUCCUUGCGAGACUACCAAAAAAGAAAACAAGUCCUGAAACCUACACUCAAAGAGGUUUAUAAUCGUAUUUUCGGACCAACCUUCCCGGGCGUGCUUGACAAGAACACACGCACCUAUUUGUUAAGCUAUCCUGGAGUAGCAUUUAAGUUCAAUUUGGGGCUGGAUGAGCUCUUGGAUCAAUUAUGCGAGGAUGAAAAUAAGAAUGAUCUCCUCGCAAAACUCACUAAUUGGCAUCGCCCAAGCGAUAUUCAAUGCAUGGCAGUAGCAAUCUUCAAGGGCGACAACUAUGAAAACUUCACAUCGCAGUUGAUUCAAAGGGCCCACAGCAAUGAAGACUCAAAAAAGCUCGGAGACGCUACAGAGCUAUCUAUCGAAAAGCUCGAGGUAACUCUCAGCACCGGCACUGCCGAGAUCCAUUUCCAUUCACACAACAAGACGCCUUCGGCUAUAAUUGAAAUUGGAAAAUCGACUCAACAGGAUAUUCUUCGCAUCCUUGGGCCCCCAGAUGCGUAUUUCAAUAAGUUUGACUCGCGCCUACUGAUCCACAAACACCUCUCAUCCUCGACGGCGUCAGAUCUGGACUCCGGGUCCGUUUACAAGUUUCACAAUUAUUUCAGACAUGGUAUUGAUUUUCUCUACAAAUUGAACCCGCCAAACCAAAAGGGAGGUGUGUUGCAAAAAAUCAUUCUUCACAACGGUGGGAUUGUUAAGACAUUGGAGUUUAUGCAAUGGAAUAAGUGUAAUUGGGUUGUCAAAACCCGUCCAGAACAUGAUGCACCUUCUGUGGAUUCUUCUAUGGCUUUUCAUCAAUACAGAGAGGACUUCUUGAAUGAGGUAAAUACAGAGAAGUCAGAGCCAGUUUUGUUGAAUAGAAACGAGAUAGAAUUCAGCAAAAAUGAAGAGUUGGAGGUAGUUUUAAGCGAUGAGCUACAGCAGAAUGUUACUCUUGCUGCGGAAAAUUCGGUUGAUUAUGGGGAGAACAAGACAUUGGGGCAGCUGAAGUUGUACGGCUACGACCGUUGUAUUUGGGAAGUCGUUGAAAACAAUGGAUGCGUUUCAUGUGCAAUAAUCUAUUAG